AUGGCAGCCUUGGACGUCGACGAUAUUCUAGUGUUCACACAUGUCUGUUUCCGAGCGACACUAAACUACAAUGGGAUUUACUAUAAACAUAUUGAGAAGUUCGGCCUGCUGUCCCAUUGGCAGGCUCGAGUUUAUCAUGUUUCUUCCCUGAGAAUUCGUGAGUCCCGCGAGGGAGUAUUUAACGAAUCAUUCUGGGUCACCAGCUUUACUUCGAUCGCCAUGACUGGUAUGGCCACUCAACAGCGUCGGAUUUUUGUGUUUUCUCAUGCUCGUACAUCCUCCAACUUAUUUAUUCGUCUCCUGGAAAACCAUCCUACAUUAGGAAUCAAACUGGCGAGUGCUUCGACCGUUCACAUCCGUAGUACAUACGUCGACACUGAAAGUCAUUGCAGUACCCGUUCAUGGUAA